AUGAUGUGCAAGAACUCUCUGGAGCUCCAGGCAACAAACACAGAGGAGCGUUGUGAAGAGUGUGAUAACUGUGCACAGAAACUGCUGAACGAUCUGGAAAAGUUUGAUGCUGAGCUCAGAAGAAUUAAAGAUCAGCUGGAUGUCGACUCUCUCAGACCUUCAUCUAAAGAGCAUCUGAGGAAGCUUGAAGAAGCCAUUACUGCCACAAGGGAUCUGGUGAACACGUUCAGCUUCACCGUCGACAGCCAGGUGCCUAAAAUUAACCAGCUGGAGCAAGAUGUUAUUAGUGUGACCAACAAUAUGGACAAGCUGAAAGAACAGGUCAGAAAGCAAUCUGAGGAUGCACAGAAGGCUCUUUCUAACGCUGAAAACAGCCACCAAAGAGCAAAAGAUCUGGACAACGAGACACAGAACCUCCUCAGAAAAAUACAGGGUAAGAAGGAACACAAACAGAUUUUUUUUAAUAAUAUUAAUUUCCUGUAA